AUGUUGCAGUUCAUCAAAAAUUUCCUAUCAGACCGAACCUUUAGGGUCCUGGUAGGAAACCAAACAUCAAGAGCAACCAAGGAAGAAACCGGGGUCCCCCAGGGCUCAGUAAUUGCCGUCACCCUCUUCCUCAUCGCGAUGGAAGGCGUCUUCGACCGACUACCGAAAGGGAUAUACAUCCUGGUGUACGCCGACGACGUCCUGCUGGUGGUUACAGGAAAGCACCCCAAGGCUACGCGGCGGAAACUACAAGCGGCCGUCAACGACAUAGCCAAAUGGGCCAAAUCAGCUGGUUACGUUAUGUCUGCGGCCAUCGACAAAAUUCCCAUCCCUAUCAAGAAAACCUGCAAGAUCCUCGGUGUCACAGUGGACAGGGAACUCAAUUUCAGUGACCACUGCAACCGAGUACGGGGUGAAUGUGCAUCCAGAAUCAAUAUCGUAAAGAGCAUUUCAAAAAGUAGGCUCCGAGUAGCGAAUACAAUCAUCUGCUGCCGACUCCUCUACGGCAUCGAGAUGAGCAGCCUCAACCUUGACAACCUCAUCGCCCUGCUAGGGCCAACAUAUAACAGGACUAUCCGGAUAGUCUCCGGACUGCUCCCGUCGACCCCGGCGGAUGUGGCCUGCGCCGAGGCCGGUGUGCUACCCUUCCGUUUCCAAGCCACCGCCGCCCUCUGCAGCAGGGCCAUCGGUCACUCCGAGAGAACAAAAGCAAGCCAAAACCACGACCACCUCAACGACAACGCCAACACGGCUCUCCACAACCUCUGCGGUAAAAACAUCCCCAAGAUCGCCGGCCUCCGACGCCUGGGACCGAGACACUGGCAAACCCCCCCUCCCAAAGUAGACCUCAAGCUCAAAGAACGCCUCUCAAGAAACCCAAACCCAGCUGUAGCACAGGAAACCUUCAAAAACCGCAUCCGGGAAAGGUACCAGAAACACGACAUCCGAUUCACGGACGGGUCCAAGGCUGCCGGCAGAGUCGGCAUCGGAAUUUACUCCUCCACCCUCGAUGAAUCGUACCGACUGUCGGACCGUUGCACGGUCUACUCAGCUGAAGCAGCCGCAAUCUACAGGGCCAUGGCCAUACCCAGCACACUGCCGAUCCUCAUCGUUUCGGACUCGGCUAGUGUCCCUGGCGUCACCAGCCAGCAAGCAUCCAUGGAUCCAAGCGAUCGAAUCAGAAUACCCGGCAACGAAUAUGCAGACGCACUGGCCAAUCUCGGAAGAACCGACGGCUUUAUGAGCAGAGAAGUCCCGGCAGCGGACGCCAAACUGUGGGUAAAAACAGAAAUCGCCACAGCAUGGGCAAACGACUGGCGACGGCAGAGAAACUUCUGUCGCAUGCUGAAGAACUCGACCCUACCAGGCAACGAUAGCGACAACCGUCGCGAGCAAGUGGUGCUCUCCAGACUGAUAACGGGCCACACCAACGUCACCCAUAACUUGGGUGGCACCAGCUUACAUAACAGAUGCGAGGAGUGUGAUUGCACUCUGAACAUCAACCACAUCUUCGGCACAUGCCCGAUCUACCACACAGCCCGCACCAACAACAACAUCUCCAAUGCCUACUCGGCCCUGCAAAACAACCCGCUGGACGAGAGGAACACAAUCAACUUCCUCAAAGACGCCUACCUCUACACUAGAAUAUAA